AUGAUUACACAUUUCAACAAUUCCACACCUUUCUCCUCCGUUCCUCGUCAAAACCAACCUCCUCCAAGUUCCAACCUUUCUCGCGUUUCAUUCACAGUUCGUUGCUUCCAGAUCGAAAGCUCUCUCCGUAGUGAUAAAUCCGAGUCACAGUCGCAUCAACAACAACAAUCGUCUCAGUCACCCACUAAGUUCUUCGUCAAUCCGGUUUCACGAGCAAUUAGGAAUCAGUCUCAAAAAGCUCUUUUUGAUUAUUUGCAUAAUACUAGAAGCUUUACUUUCACUGAUGCAGAGCAUAUAAGCAAGAACUCUCCUCAAUUUUUAUCGAAUCUGUUGUCUAAGAUCGAUGAUGAUAGCCAGAGAGAUGUCUCCAAGGCAUUGACUAAGUUCCUUAGAUACAAUCCGAUAAACGAAUUCGAACCGUUUUUCGAGAGUUUGGGUUUGUGCCCAUCUGAGUUUGAGCCGUUUCUUCCACAGAGACUAAUGUAUCUGAGUGAUGAUAGUAUCAUGCUUGAGAACUUCCAUGCUCUUUGCAACUAUGGGAUCCCUCGUGGCAAGAUUGGCCGUAUGUAUAAAGAAGCUAGAGAGAUUUUCAGAUACGAGCCUGGGAUGUUGGCGUCGAAGCUCAGAGGUUAUGAGGAUUUGGGGCUAAGAAAAGGUACAGUUAUCAAGUUAGUUACUAGUUGUCCAUUGCUGUUACUUGGUGGGGUUGAUGAGGACUUUGCUUGUGUGGUUGAUAAGCUGAAGUUGUUACCGGUAGGAUGUGAUUGGCUGGAGCGAGACUUGUCUGACAGGAAAACGUAUAGCUGGGGAAGGAUUCUGGAGACGAUGGAGUUUCUUGAGAAAGUUGGAUGUAAAGAGGAGAAGCUGAGUAGUGUUUUGAAAACGUAUCCGGGUUUGGUGAUUGAAGGAUCCGGUAAGAGGUUCUAUGUUAUGUUUGGGAGGUUGUUUAAAGUAGGGCUUCGAGUGGAUGAGAUUUAUAGGCUGUUUAUAGACAAUCCGGAGAUGUUGUCAGACAAAUGCGUUAAGAAUAUUGGGAAGGCGGUGGAUUUCUUGAUUGGUGUUAGAAUGGGAACGGAGUUUAUUAGAGAGAUUCUGCUGAGUCAUAUGGAGGUUAUAGGUUCUUGCUCUCUGCAAGCACCGAGAACUGUUUGUGUUGGUUUGAACGUUGGAGAAGACGAGCUACGUCAGAUGUUAAGGAAAGAGCCGAUGAGACUGUUUAGUUUUGUUUCUACGACGAAGAAGAAGAGGAAAAGCAAACUUCUCUCGGAGGAUUCUAGGAAAUACGCAGAGAAGACGGCGUUUUUGUUGAGGUUAGGGUAUGUGGAGAACUCUGACGAGAUGGUUAGGGCUCUGAAACAGUUUCGUGGGAGAGGAGAUCAGCUGCAGGAGAGGUUUGAUUGUCUUGUGAAAGCCGGUUUAAACCACAAUGUGGUUGCGGAGAUCAUCAAGCACGCUCCGAUUGUACUUAACCUGUCUAAAGAUGUCAUAGAGAGAAAGAUUUAUUCCUUGACGGAGCUUCUUGGCUAUCCGAUUGAAUCUCUGGUGAGUUUCCCUGCGUAUCUGUGUUACGAUAUGCAGAGAAUACAUAACAGAUUCUCGAUGUAUUUGUGGUUGAGGGAAAGAGAUGCAGCGAAGCCGAUGCUGUCACCGAGCACUAUUCUCACUUGCGGUGAUGCGAGGUUUGUCAAGUAUUUUGUUAAUGUCCACCCUCAAGGUCCAGCCAUUUGGGAAAGUAUAAACCGAUCUUCUACCUGA